GAGGAGAGAGAAACAGAGAGAGAGAGAGAGAGAGAGAAACAAAGAGAAGCAGAGAAAUGGGUAAGGUAGUAGAGAGGAAGAAGAAGAAGAAAGGUCGUCCUUCUCUCUUAGAUCUUCAAAAACGCACUCUCAGAGAACAACAACCACAACCACCACCUCAACCACCACAACCACAACACCAGAAGCGUAAUUACAACUCUGCCCCUCAUUCCGCUCCUAAUUACCGAACUACCCCUCCUCCUCAUCCUUCUCCUUCUUCCGCCGCCGCUCCUCUCCGCCGAUCCACUCGCCGCAACCCUAUCCCCGACGAAGACGAAGACGAAGAAGAAGAAGAAGAAGAAGAAGAAGACUCGAACUCGAACUCGAACUCCGACGAUAACGGCAACGGCAACAACGGCAACGAAUCCUCCGCCGGGAAGAAAAAGCGCCGCCGGGAGAAGAAGCUCAAGCUGGUUCUCCGGCUGCCUCCUUCGCAGAAGUCCUCGCUCAAUUCCGCGUCUUUGAAUUCGUGCAACUCCGAUUCCAUCGCCGACGACGACAACGCCGCCGCCUCCGAUUCCAACAAGAAGCGUAAGAUCAAUGCGAUCCCUCGUGGAUCUGACUCUCUCAAGGAUGAGAAGUCUAUUUCUGGUACAAACCCCACAAGCACCCACCAAGGGGGUCAGUUGGAUUCGGGUCCCUCAACGCCUUUACCAGAUAAAAAGCUGCUACUAUUCAUCCUCGACAGGCUUCAAAAGAAGGACACUUAUGGUGUAUUUUCCGAGCCCGUGGACCCAAGUGAGCUUCCUGACUAUCAUGAGGUAAUUGGGCACCCAAUGGAUUUUGGAACUGUGAGGAAGAAAGUUUCUGGUGGAGCUUAUGCCACUUUGGAACAGUUUGAGAAAGAUGUAUUCUUAAUCUGUUCGAAUGCAAUGCAGUAUAAUGCACCUGAUACCAUAUAUUUUCGACAGGCAAGAUCCAUACAUGAGCUGGCAAAAAAGAACUUUGAAAAUUUGAGGCAAGAUAGUGCUGAUGAUGAACCAGAGCCCAAAAUAGUGAGAAGAGGCAGACCACCAACCAAGAAUUUAAAAAAAUCGCUGGGCAGGCCUUCCUUGGAGCGUGCUGGCUCAGAGUUUUCCGCUGAUGCCACUCUUGCUACUGGGGGAGAAAACAACUGGUCCAAUGAUCUGAGAAAAGGAGCUCAUCUUUCAGACAAAUCUGCUUUGGCAGAUUCAUCUGGACGAUUCCAUGGUUCUCGCAAUAAUGAUGUUUAUACUAAUUGGAUGGCCGAUAACAAAUCUGAGAGGAAUGAUGAAUUUCCAGGUUCCAUGAUGAAGGGUUAUCAAAUAAAGAAUGGGAAGAAACCAUUUGUACUUGAUGAGACCAGACGGAAUACAUAUAGGCAAUCCCAUCCAUCAGCUAGUGGACGAGAGCCAUCUGUGUUAGCUACUUUUGAUAUAGAGAGGAAGCAGCUAAUGGCUGUAGGGCUUCAUUCAGAGCAGGGGUAUGCAAGAAGUCUGGCUCGUUUUGCAGCAAAUCUUGGACCCAUCGCUUGGAAAGUUGCUUCUAAAAGGAUAGAAAGGUCUUUGCCUGCUGGCAUUAAGUUUGGCCCUGGAUGGGUUGGAGAAAAUGAUGUCAUACAACAGAGGCCACUGCUACUCCCUUCAUCGUUACCAGGACAGCUAUCACCAUUGCAGCCAUUUCCUGUUAUCAAAAGUUCAUCCUCUACUGUGACACCUUGUGCUGUUGAAUCGAAGGGAGAUGAUUUGUCAGAGAUGAUGCCUGAAGGGAAUAAUUCAUCCGAGAAACAUGUACCUUCUGCUCACUCAGCUUUGGAUGAACAUCCAAGCAAGCACCUCCCUCCGUCUGCCACCACCUCAUCAACCCCAUUUGCCACAAAUAAAUCUCCUGAACCUCUGACAGGAAAAGCAGAAGUUGCUCAAGGAAUAAAUUCUAACUCUGGGAUUAACAUAUUGAAUAGCAGUACAGGUGCAAUCAGGCCAAGGCCGUCCUUUCCAACUCACCAAAGCCCUGUAAUUCACCCCGGCAUGAAUGGAUUUAGUGGCUCAUAUGGGUUUAACAUUGCUGCUCACAUGGGGAAACUAAUUGGAGCAGCCAGGCCUCCUGGUUUUAACUUACAGUCGUCGCAGGUGCUUGACACAGUCUCUAGGACUAAUACUAACUUCAUCCAUCCGGGGACUGCAAACAGCCUUAACUCAGAAGACCCUUCAACAAAUUCUGGCAGCUCAUUGCCAAACUCUGGGAGUGAGGCAUUGACUCCCCCAAUAAGGGGGCUUCAUCCGCGGCCAACUUGGCAAGGGUUGUCACCACAACAGAAAACUGAAGCUAGAUUGACACCACAACAGAAACCAGAUUUGGUUCCACCUGACCUGAAUGUCAUAUUUCAGUCUCCAGGAUCCCCUAGUUCUAGCCGGGUUGAUUCGGCACAUCCAGAUUUAGCAUUGCAGCUAUGAGAAUAAUUCAAUUUUUUUUUCAUCUCUUUUAACCAUAGAAAGGUGGGUUUAUGAUUUGUUGCUCCUAGUUAUGAGACCAACAGGGGGUUUCUAAAUGUGGGGCCGAUUAGAGCCGCACCUAAUUGUAUUGUAGAAGAGUGUAGGUUGUUCCUGUACAGAUUAAUGUAUUCUAAUUCUUAGGCCCACAAGGAAAAAAAAAAGGUUUCAUUUGUAACAUUGGAAACCAUUAUUUAGCAAGAAUUUGUUAGAUAAUGUAAGAUGUUUAUUUUAUAUUAUAAUCCUCUGUUAAUUAUAACAAAUAGAAGUUGCUUGA